AUGUCAGACAUCGGCGACCACAUCAAGAUGAACCGCCGCGCUGCGGCCCAAACGGCGGUCGAUCGGCUUGUGCGGCAGCCCAAGAAGGCUGCGACGAGCAGCGAGGCCGCCGCCAGCACCAACGACGCUCCUAACGUCGACGGGCUCCACAUCACGGACCCGCUCGAUGAUGGGAGCGACCUCACUGAUGACGAGGAGGAGCAGCCUGCUCCCCUCACUCAAGACACGGCGGGGCCCAGCAAUAGGCCCGCCCAACCCAAGAAGGCGGCCCGCAAGAGGGCUGCUCCAAGCAAGAAGGUGGCGGCGUCUCGUAAGACGUCCGCCAAGAAGGCCAAGACUUGGGCCAGUAGCCCUGACCAACGUCAGGCUACAUCUUCACCCUCUCCCGGUCAGCAAACGACCGAAGACAUCGUCAUGGACGAUGUGGGCAGCAGCCGAGGACGCUUCCAACGCUCCUCCACUGCCCGGGCGCUGAGUGAGCAGACCGGCCAGCUCAUCGGCGCCAACCAGAUGUUCUUGGGGAACCUCACCUCCCCUCGAACGUACGGAUCGAUCCGGCUUCAGGCACCGGACAAUUCUCUCAACCAGCCUGACUCCUCCUCCGAUCUCGAGGAGGAGUACAACGAGCUCACGGGCAGCGGGGUCACUCGGUCUGGGGGAGGCAGGCGCACACGCGAAUCAGAGUGCCCUGUCAAGAACGUCAAGGAGUUCCCCCGGGCUCAUCGAGAUGAUGACAAUCUCUCGAAGCAGAACCCGCUGCCGUUCUCGGCCAUCAACGAUCGGUCCAAGCGGGAGCACUUCCCCAAGGACGAUUGCCUGGAACCCGGCUUCGUUGUGAUGCUGCCAGGGUUCGAGUGCAAGCACUGCGAGAACAAGCGUGCUUGUACCUUCGGCAACGGGCUCACGGCGAAGGGCUACCUUCGCAUCAAGGAUAACGGCACGGUCAAGAGCAAGUGCGAUUGGUGCAGUCACGCCGGUGACAAGUGUACGCUCUUCGAGGGCAACACCACACUCAAGUCUGAGGCCAAGAAGGUGCUCGAGCACAUCGGUCGAGACAUGGAUUGCGUCACCGUCGGCGCCGGUGAUGAUUCGGCCAAGUUCCGUGAACUUAGGCCGAUGAUCGCCAAGCUCAACGAUGCCCUCGUCGACUAUGGCCUCCAAGAGCCCACUCCUCAAGACUUGGAGCGCCAGGAGCGCUACAAGCGCAAGCGCAGGUAG